AAAAUCAAUAAUCGACAGAAGAAGAAUCUCUAACGGUCCAAAGUAAUGUUGGUCGUAGUUGUCUUGGCUCUGAUGGGGGUUUCUGGUGGAUCUUCAGCAAACAUCAGAGCUGAACCUGGACAGGAUGUCACUCUGAGAUGUAAAUAUCUUCACAUCGGCAAGAUCGCACUUCUACUGUGGAGUAAAGAUGAUCCUGAGGAGAUGAAUCUGUUUGUGAUCAGAGAUGGACGAUCAUUUCCAUCAGCUCAGCAUAAAUCUUUCAGGAACCGAGUGUUUCUGAAGAACAGUCAGAUGAAGGAUGGAGAUCUGUCUGUGGUUCUGAAGAACGUGACGGUCGAUGACACUGGAACAUACGAGUGUAGAGUCAGACUAGAGAAUGAUCCACAGAGAAACAGGAAUCUGAUCUCCACCAUCAACCUGUCAGUGAUUCCUCCAGGAGAUAAAGGAGAAGAUGAAGAUGGAGUCAAAGAUGGAGCCGGUCGUGGUCUUCUGGGUCUGAUUGCUCUGCCGGUUCUGGUUGUGGUUCUGGUUGUGGUUCUGUGGAUCUACAGGAAGAAGUCCAGAGGUUUUCCUGCAGAAUCCUCAGACAAACCCACAGAGGAUCUGUGAGGUUAACCCUUUACAGCAGCUGACCUCUGAUGACCCCUUCUUUCAACGACUGAUGCUCUCAGUUCAUGUGGUUCCAGUGAGAACUGAAGAGGAACCAAGAGAACACUGGAAUGACAUGAACUCCAGAACCUGUUCCACAUGUACAAUCACUGAGAGCUGCAGCUCUGCAGGUCAACAGUCAGGAGGAAGAAACCAGACGAUUGGAUCAACAGGAGAAGAUCUGAGGAUCAGGAAGGAUCACAGACUCUGGAAGUUUCUUCUUUAAACCAAAGUCAGUAUUUUAGGAUUUAGAUGAAGAUGAACAAUCAUGUUCUACUGUAGCGAGAAACCUUCAAGCCUUAAUGCAGGAGGCCAGAUCUAGGUCAAAGGUCAAACCUUCAACAGGAGAAGAUCUGCAGAUCCAGAAGGAUCACAGACUCUGGAUUCUGGAUCCACUUUAAACCAAAGUCAGUAUUAUUAAACCUUCAAGCCUUAAUGCAGGAGGCCAGAUCCAGGUCAAAGGUCACAGAGGGACGAACAUCGACUGUAUGUGAGAACUGGAUUGAGUGACAUCCAUAGAGAAUUUUUUUUUCCGGUUCCAACCAGAUGAAGUCAACUCAGCCGCCAUUUUAUUUUUUUUGCUACAUGGACACCGCCAUGUUGGAGCCAGUCAUCGUCAGUGAUUGGUCAGUCGGUCUGAGUGUGUUUCUAUGGUAACCACUCUCUCCAAUCAGGAAUGUGGCUGUUUGGAAGGCCACACCCCUUCCAGUUGAAAUCUGUCAAACGUUUUGAGCCUUUGCAGGCUCCGCCCACUUUUCCUGAGGCCUCUGAUUGGUCCGUUUAGAACUUAAAGUAUCCUGUCAGAUGUUCUAAAGGAAUCUGAUCCAGAAUGUUUAUUCUGACCAAUAGAACGACAGGAACAGCUGAUUGUUUCUAUAGAAGUCUGUGGGGAUACUUCCUGUUUGGAACACCAGGGGGUGGAGUCACUCAGUCCAGUUCUCUAGAUACAGUCAAUGGUUGAAACCAAAAAAGGUCAAAGCACCUGAAACGUUCCGCUUUGAAAUUAUUUAUUUUUUUACAUCAUUUUGAGUGUGUUACAUGUUAUUGAAAUUCCUCAAGUGUUCUUCGUCAUCAUUCAUGUUGGGGGAGGGGCUUCAUGGGGUCAUCUGAGGUCAAAUCAGGGUCAACGUUCAAGCUGAACCUCCAUUUAAAGCUGAUACUUCACCGUCUCUACUGACAGCUCAGAUUCAGAGAGGGGGCGGGGCUACAGGACAUGAUUGACAUGUGGUGACAGAGGUCAUGAUGAUGUCACUUCCUCUGCAGAACUGCGUCUGCUGUCAUGGUCCUGCAGAGGAACAGAACAGAAACCAGACUGAAAGUGACCCUCAUUUGACCCCGUAGUGUUCCUGUACCGUGACCUUCUGGAGGUCAGCAGACGUUCCUGCUGCUGGAGGAGAAAUGUUCUGAUCCAUAAACUGCUCUGAUUCCAAUAAAAACCUGUCUGAAGGAA